UUGACGUGCAAAAACUUCAGCGCUAACUGAGCUCGGUUUCCGAGAAACAUACUACCAAUUCCGAUCCAGUCGAGAUGUCUUCUGUGUCAGGGAGCUCAUCCCGCGGCGGCGACGACGCGACGUGGAGCGCCAAGGAGAACAAGUUGUUCGAGGAGGCACUCGCCUACCACGGCGAGGGCACUCCCGACCGCUGGCUCAAGGUGUCUCGCGCCAUGGGUGGGACCAAGACGGCCGCCGAGGUGCGCCGCCACUAUGAGAUCCUCGUGGACGACAUCAAGCUCAUCGAGUCCGGCAGGGUCUCGUUCCCCAAGUACAAGGACAACACCCAGGGGCCUUGGAACUGA